CUCUCUCUCUCUCUCUCUCACUCUGCUGUUGAGAAAUCGUCAGAUCAUCGUCGCACAAGUUUCAUCCAAAUCCUGUUCCUCCACUUCGACGCUGAACCGCAUCGACUGCGUACAAACUUAUUCCUGAAGUCUGCCUGUGUCGUUUCCUCUGAGAAGAGUCUGCCCUGUCUUCCAUCAGCAGGAGGGGAAGACAGACUGUGAAGAAACCUCGUCAUGAACUGGUCUUUCCUCCAGAGCCUCCUUAGCGGAGUCAACAAGUACUCCACAGCCUUCGGCCGAGUCUGGCUCUCCAUCGUCUUCCUCUUCAGGGUCAUGGUGUUUGUCGUGGCGGCGGAGAAGGUGUGGGGCGACGAGCAGAAAGACUUCAAGUGCAACACGGUUCAGCCCGGCUGCCACAACGUCUGCUACGACCACUUCUUCCCCGUGUCCCACAUCCGCCUGUGGGCGCUGCAGCUCAUCUUCGUCACCUGCCCGUCGCUCCUGGUGGUGAUGCACGUGGCCUACCGGGACGACAGGGAGCGGAAGAACCGCGAGAAGUACGGCGAGAACUGCCGCCGCCUCUACCAAAACACGGGCAAGAAGCGCGGGGGCCUGUGGUGGACCUACGUCCUCACGCUGGUCUUCAAGAUAGGCGUGGACGCCACCUUCGUCUACCUCGUCUACCACAUCUACGAGGGCUACGACUUCCCGUCGCUCAUCAAGUGCGAGCAGAAGCCGUGUCCCAACAAGGUGGACUGCUUCAUCUCCCGGCCCACGGAGAAGAGAAUCUUCACGCUCUUCAUGGUGGUCACCAGCCUGCUCUGCAUCCUGCUCUCGGUGUUUGAGAUCGUCUACCUGAUCGGCAAACGCCUGCGCGAAUGCCUCACCGCCAUGCACCACUCACGCAAAUCCGUGACCCACACCAUGUCCAGUGGGAGCAACUUGAUGGAGGCGACCAGCGUGAAGCGGGGGACCACGCCGGAGACGCCGGCGCCCUCAUACAGCGUCGCCAUAUCUUGAGAGGCGGACACAAUAAGAGACACAAAGACAUGAAGGAGGAAAGACGCUUCUUCUCACUCCACAGGCACGUCUGUCGGAGUCUGAACUACACUGGAGUUCGUUUUGGUCCAGAGUCAAAGACUAAAUGUGUCAUUGAUCUGGAAUGUGACCACUGUUUUUGGGAUUGAUGGGAAAAAGGAGUGAAUUUGUGUGAUGCAGGGUCAGAUUUGGUCUUGAUUUCAUUGACAUGAGUCACUGGGUGGUUUGGAGAGAAGAGUUUCCUAAACACAUGUGGUCUCUGCGUAAGAGUUUCCCCUCCGCUCGAGCCCAGCCUUAAACCGCUCAGCGCAGACUCUGCUGUGUCUUUCCUCGUUGCUGUAAAUGUUCUGUACUUUCUACAUAAUUUAUGUAAGUGUGAGCGAGCUGUGUUGUAUGUGUGUUUACAGGCCUCAUGAAGUCUUCAUGCAGUUGUUAAUAAUAACCUCGUAAUAAGUGCAGCACGACUGCAUGGAGUUGUUGAUGUUUUUGAUUAAAGAUGAUUAUUUUCCA